AUGAAAAAAAAAUCGUUUUUUGAUGAGUCAGUGGGUCAAAGGUGCUUUCAGAGGGCAAACAUACCCACAAUUAAGGAACCCACGGGUCUUAUGGAGGAAGGUAGCCUCAGGCCCGAUGGAUAUACUAUUUCACCAUGGGCGCAGGGACGUUCCCUUGCUUGGGAUGUUACGUUCCCUCACACCAUGGCUGAAAAGUACAUUAAUCUUACCUCACAGGAGGCGGGUGCCGCUGCCUUAAGAGCCGCAGACUUUAAAAAUUCAAAAUAUGCGGCUCUUGCAGAAAGCAAAAUUUUUCAGCCAGUCUGCAUUGAGACCUUUGGUCCAAUCGAUGCUCAGACUCAGAGUUUUCUGAAUGAACUCUGUAGCAGGAUUGUAGAAGUAUCGGAUUUCACAACGUGUUUAAAGUUGACAAUUGACAUCGAUUUAUACGCGUUAAUAGCUAGUUCAUUCCACAAUUUGGCACCUCUAACCAUACAAAGACGAUCAUUUGUGACCGUUCUACUUUUUGGUAUUUUUAAUAAGCCGUGUUGCCUAGUCGCAGAACUUGUAAACUGA